GAUACAGCAAUGCAGCCAAUUAUUCCGAAUGAGUUUAAAAUAAGAAAUAGAUAAACUUCCUGUCGCAUUCGCCCAGUCCGAGUUGCACAGGGAUGGCUUUUCCUGAUCCUGUCUGAGUGUGCAGCAGCCACAAAGAGCAGUAAAAUGUUGGGCGUGAUUGUCGUUGGGAUUGGUAUUGCUGGCAGAGUUCGCAUCCGUGACCUGCUGAAUCCACUGCCAAACAGUGCUAUAGAGAAACUUAAACUCAUUGGCUUUGUCUCCAGGCGGACAUUAGGCAACAUAGAGCUGCUGAAACAGAUCAUGCUGGAGGAAGCCCUACGAAGUGAUGAAAUACACGCUGCCAUCAUCAGUUUGGAGAACCAGUUUCAUGAGGAGUAUGUGAGGAAGUUUCUGGAUGCAGGGAAGCAUGUCUGUGUGGAAUAUCCAAUGGCACUCUCAGUGGCUGCAGCCCGUGAACUAUGGGAUCUUGCUGAUUCCAAAGGAAAAAUUCUGCAUGUGGAACACAUAGAACUACUGUCAGCAGAAUACAAACAGUUGAAACGGCAAGUGAGCGGAAAAGAACUGAUGGAGGGCACUCUGCAUUUCACAGGUGGACCACUAGAUCGACAACGCACUGGAUUCCCCACCUUUAGUGGAGUGUCCCGUCUGUCAUGGCUUGUGGAUCUCUUUGGGGAGCUCACUUUCAAAUCUGCUACAUUGAAAGAACAACAAGAGCAGCAGUACUGGAAGUUGACAACGCUCUUCCACACUAAAAAUAGCAGACCCUUAAUCUGGAUUGAAGAAAGAGGACCAGGGUUGAAACGCAAAAAAAGUAUCAAUUUCCAGUUCAAAUUGGACACUUUGGAUCAUAUUCCAGAAGUGCCUAAUAGUCAUGUUGGACUAUUCAUGCAAGACCUCAAUCUAUUUGCCCAGAAGCUAGCAGGACAAACACUCACCGAGCCCUCUGAAAAGAAUCGCAUCUUGCACUGCCUGGGUCUGGCUGAUGAGAUAAGAGCUUUCUGUGAACAGAUUCCACAAAAUUAACACAAUAAUUACAUUUCCUUUUGCAAAUAAAAUUAGUGUUUUGUUGGUU